GCAGCAUGCUGCGGACUGUUGGGCAGAGUUAUGACUCUCUGGAGGACUCUGGGACUCUGAGCUCCUCCAGUCAGAGGACUAUCUGGACUACCUGAGGAUCUGGCUGGACCUGGACUACCUGGACUAUAGAGGACCUGGACUAUCUUCAUCAUCUUCCUCCUGCAGCUCCAGGUGUUCAACAUGUUCCAUCACAGCAACAACAAGAAAUGCUUCAGCAUCGAGUCUCUGGUCGGGAAGGAGUCGAGCAGCCACCCGGGUGGAGGCUCCAGUACCGGACCAGGUACCGGGUCCGGUGAGGAGCCGAUCCGGCCCAGGGCGCUCCGGUUCCCUCCGGACUCCCUCAGUCACCCUGCAGCUGCCGCCGCUGCAGCCGCCGGAGUGUUCGGCUCCUGCUUCCACCAUCAGGGGGUCAGCAGCGGGAGGACUCUGUUCUCCACCGGGCCGGACCUGGACCUGGUGAUGCAGGAGCCUGGGUCUCUGCACGGUGGUCCCGGUGGUCCCGGUGGUCUGCCUCUGCACCAGAUCCCCGGGAUGCACCCGCAGAGCUUCUUCAGCCCGCAGCACCGAGAGAUCAGCUUCUACCCGUCCUGGCUGCUGCGGAGCAGAUACCUGCAGGGAGCCAGAUACACAGGGGACGACAGCAGUCCGGAGAACCUGCUGCUUCACGGUCCGUUCUCCAGGAAACCCAAACGGAUCCGGACGGCGUUCUCGCCCUCUCAGCUGCUCCGUCUGGAACGAGCCUUCGAGAAAAAUCACUACGUAGUCGGAGCCGAGAGGAAGCAGCUGGCCAGCGGGCUGUGUUUGACCGAGACGCAGGUGAAGGUUUGGUUUCAGAACCGCCGGACGAAGCACAAACGUCAGAAGUUGGAGGAAGAGUCUCCUGAAGCUCAGCAGAAGAGGAAGGGCAGUCAGCAUAUCAACCGCUGGAGAGCAGCCACACAGCAGCCCGGCGGAGGAGGAGGAGGCGGCGGCGGCGGCGGCGAGGACGUGGACGUCCUCAGCGAGGACUAGACUGCUGCAAACACACACAUUAACACACACAUUAACACACACUCUGUUACAGUCAUACUGGUUAGUGACUGACAUCUAAAUAACUUUAAAGGUGCGUUCAGUUUCACAUGUUUUAAAAAAGCUUUCAUAUCAACAAUCAGAUUUCUGUAAACAGGACGGGCUAACGUAGCUCGUGAUGCUAACAGCUCAGUGUUCAAAGUCUCCACAGGAGACAAAAACUUGAAUUCAGUUUCUCCUCCACUCAUCAAAAGCAGCUAAUCUGUAAUUAUUAACUAUAAUCAAAACCUUCGGCUUGGUCCGUAAUCACACACUAUGCACUACAAACUCAGUAUGCGUACUAUCGCUCAACAUACGUUAGUGUGAAUAAACAGUAGUAUGCAUCUUUACGGACACACCGAGCAGUAAUUUAAAUUGAAUUAUAUUAUUAUUGACGUUACAGAGCCGUCCGUCACUACCGCAUUGGAUUGUGGGAUAUUUAUGCCACCAUAGUGUCCAGUGUUACAUUCUGUAAUAUUUCACAGGAAAUAGUAUGUAACUUGCGUACUACUGGUUUCACACUAAGGUUUCGGAUGUACUAAAAUGUCUCACAUACUGUUUUACUAUAUUAAAUAUCAUGUUAGGAUGAAAUUUCUGACGCAACCUCAGCUUUAAAAGCUGUAAGAAAUGAAGCAAAAACGUUUUGUACGAUAUUAGAUACAAAUCACAAUGAGAAUCCCAUUUGGAUAUAAACUACCAACAAGCAUGUGCUGUAAUUAAAUAGCUCUUAAAUAUCAACCUGGUUUAAUAAUAGAUAAAUAUACAACAGAGAAAGAGAGCUGGAUUUCUUGAACCUUUCAAAAGAAAACAUUGUGCACAAAAAUGUGCACAAACCUGUGUAAAAGACAGACACUGAACG